GUAAUAAUGUUUGGUACACUUUUUCAACAGUCCCACAGACCAGCCGGCCAGACAGGCCUCAGACAAGUCAGGAUGAGGCUGGGAUUGCAGGUUCUGCUUCUGGAAGCCGACCUCCUGUAAGGCGCCCAUCACAGGGCUUGGGCCACUUACCCAGGAGGCCAAGUAAGACACGGCGUCUUGGCUCGGAAUCUGCGGCUCCAUCAUCCCCACCCAGGCGACGACUUUCGGCAGUGUCACCCCAGCCACCACUGGCACUAUUGGCGAGUUCGCAGAGUGAUGAGCCCCGAUCCCCUCAGUUAUCUGAGCCCAGCUUGAUGGCCGACGUGGACCAGCAGGGACAAGACCAACAGGCAACCAUCACACUGCAACUUACACCUGUUGACCCAAGCCAGCCAAUACAGCUGCAGGAUAUCCCCCAAGCCUCCAUCAGUCCACAACUGGCACAAGCUCCGCCCCCAAGCCAAAUACCAGAUGAUUUUUGGGCCAGUUGGACAAGCCAACAGGCCCAAAGCAAUGCCAGCCUGACCGCACAUACACAACACCUUGCCAGUCUGCCCCAUCAUCUACCGCGUAUUAGUCGCAACUCGGGCAGACUGAUUGUACAAGUAGGGCGAAUGGCAACCUCAAUGGAGCAAAUAAGGGCUGACAACAGCCAAAUGCUUGCUCAUUUAUCGCGCAUCAUAGAUGAGCAACAGCGCCAUCAGCAGGCACUCGUUCAGCUCAUUCAGCACAACCAAGUGGUGAAUGAGUCGUUAUCCAGGAUUGUAGCCAGCCACACUGCAACCAACACUCAGCUGAUUGCAAGCCUUAAUAAUUUGAGCAGCAAUAUUUCAUUGAUGGGAGCUCACCAAGUAACCUCCAGCUCGGGGACCACGACCCCUAUCCAAACGCCAGUAACCUCCCCUGUUCGGCGUUCCUCCAGAGCACGUGCCAGUGAGCCAGCACAAAGCUCAGCACCCAGCACACACAAGCGGAAAAAAUAACCCCAAUGUG